AUGGCAAAGCUGGGGGGGGGCGCCCUGCUCGGUCAGCCGGGACCCGUAUCUCCUACCGAGCGCUCCGGCGCGGACUCCUGCCCUCGCCAGGGCUCGGACAAGCUCGGCCCCCCCGGCUCCGAGCGCAUGAAUCCAAGAGACUGCAGAGCUACCCAGGUUCCGCCUAUGCAGAGCCGGGCCUGGGGCGGCCCCAGUGCGGGCGCCGCUCCGGGCCCUGGCUGGCGGCGGGAGGGAGCCGGGCUGAGGGGCUGCUCCGGCGGCCGGUCUCCGCCCAGGUGUGGCGGGGCUGGAGCCCGGGGCGGCGCCUCCUGCGUGGCAGGAUCCCGGCAGGUGUCCGGGAGCCGGAGCGGCGCCGCCAGCAUGGCCCGGGGGACGCGCUGGCUGCUGCUCGGCUGCGGCUUAUGCCUGGCGCUCGCCGUGAGGGACCUUACUGCCACAACAGCUGCCUCCCAAUCAAUCACAUCCACCCAGCACCCCCGCACUGCGACUACACCACCGCAGAGCCCCCAGGCUGCGUCCAGCCAGCACCCCGCCACCGCGACUACAUCACCGCAGAGCCCCCAGGCUGCGUCCAGCCAGCACCCCGCCACCGCAACUACACCACCACAGAGCUCCCUGGCUGCCUCCGGAGACACCUCCCUUUCCGCUGCCCCGGCUGACAACACCACUGCAUCCACGCAGUACAGAACCACAGCAGCAGCUCCAGCCUUGUCCAGAAACCCAGAAUCUGCUUCCAGCCCUCCCCUGUUCCCAGCCAGCCCCAGUUACACCAACACCUCCAGUACUCCUGCUGCCAGCUCCAGUGAGACCUACGCGACUGAGCAGCCGGAGCCCAACAGUGGCUCAACAGCCAGUGGCUCGGAGGUGCCUGUCCCGGAGCAGCCCGCGCUCUCCCAGAGACCCGGCCUGGUGGCCGCGAUCUGCCUCUUCACGGCCACCCUGCUCAUUGCCGCAGGCGGGGUGAUGGUGAAGCUCUGCCACAGGAGGGAGCCGGCGUUCAGGAAGCUGGACGAGGUGUCCAUGGGGACGAUGACCGAAGACUCGCCCUUCGCUCGCUACCCUCCCAAAUAACGGGUGUCUCCCCCGGCCCUGGCUGGAGCUGAGCCCAGCCUCGUGCUGGGGUAGGAAUCCGAACAUCUGUCCUGGCCACUCCAGCACCUCUCGGCCCGGCCCGGCCCGGCCUGGGUAAAGCUCCCCUACCACUCAGGGACUGCGCGGGAAUAAAGAGGCUGCUGGUU